UAGUAAUAAUAAUAAUAAUAAAACUCAACUUCUACUUGGUAAACAUCUGCUUUUUCUUUGCAGAGAAGAUCAAGUCUGAAGAAUUUUUAAAAAUAUCUUCUUUGUCAUUGAAAAUAUUAUCACAAAAACCAGCUGCAACCAUUUCACCACCGGCUGCCAUGUACAGCUCCAGCUGCUCCCGGGUCAAGCUCGGCCCAGAGGCCCGGCAGCCGCUGUACAGAAACAAAGGGAAGAGCUGCGGCUACUACAUGAGGAUCGUUUUCUUCUUUUCAUCCCUCAUCCAGUCGCUCAUCAUCGUCAGCCUGGUGCUCCUCUUCAUCUACGGACAGCCAGAAAAGUCUGCAGAGGAGGAGCGGGUCAAGAAGCUGGAGCUGGAAUUUAACAAGCUGAGCGCAGACAACAUGAACCUGACAAAGCAGAAAGUCGAGCUUGGAGCAAAGCUUGCCGCUAGUUUGGCUGAGAAAGCGGCUCUGCAGAAAGAGAUAGCGAACUUCACAAAAUUCAGAUUCAACACUAGAAUCAGCCCUCAGUUUCCUAUGCGCUGUCCUCCCUGUCUUCCACCACCUACAUAUAUCCAUAUUGCAAAGUGUCAUGAACGCGUCCAAAAUGAGACAGCACUUGUUAAGUCAAAUGCCAAUCAGAUGGCUCAGAAUCUGUUGUCUGAGAGGGACAAUGCCUUCAGAGAUCGAGACAACGCCAUCAGAGAUCGAGACAAAGGCUUCAGAGAUCGAGACAUCCAUCUCACGGAGGCCAGGAAUCUGCGCAGAGAUAAGGAUCUCCUGGAGGAGAAGCUCACCACUUACAAAAGGAAGUGCAAAGACGACUUUGUUCAGGCUCUGAGUGGGGUCCAGACUGUGACCACCAAGUUUUUGAAUAAGAUCGACAACCUGUUCCCUCACUCGCUGACGUUCCACCUCACCUGCAAGAGCCAGAGAGAACAGCUGGAGACGAUAAAAAGCAACUGCACCAACCUGUCCAGGGAAGUGGAGAACAAGUUCCAGCCGUAUCUGGACCAUGUGGGAGAGACGAUGACUGAGAUUCAAUGGCGCUCCAGUCAGCUGGAGGUGCAAAACUCGGAUCUGACCUCCAAACUGCAGCAGUGUGAAGACAAACACAAGGCGGCGGUUGCUAAAGCUGCCAUGGAUUUAGGCGAGAAGCAAAAGUUUCAUGAUCAACAGUUAACGACAUUACUGAAAGAGAAACUCCAGCAGGAGCAACAACUGGCCCAGAAAGACACAGAGAUUCAGGCGCUGCGUCAAAUGCUGCCCAGCAAGGCUGGCCCACCAAACGCUGCUGUCCUGCAGACUGUGCCUCAGCAGGGCAAGUAGGCUGCUACCAACAUGUCUGACGUGACGCAGACCUGAAGAGGUUGGUUGAUGUGAGUCGUGAAUCCAUCUACUACCUGUAGCACCGAUUUCCAAAGCACAGAAAACCCACCGCAACUUCGACUGUGAACUUUCAACUGACAUGUUUAUGUUACUAUUGUUAAGGAAUUUGAUAAAACCUCUAAAUAUCACUGGCAUAACAAAAAUACUCCUUCCUACAUUUUCAGUAUUUUACAGAACAUACUAAACACGAUGAGAUCUUAAAUUAUUUUAGUCUAACCUUAAAUGUAGAUAAAAGUGCAACAAUUUCCUGGUUAAACCAAAGCAAGUAGAAAUGUUAUUCACCAAGCUACUGCUAAUUAAAGGAGCAGUGCUAUUUUCGUUUUAUAGCAAAAUCAAUCAAUCUUCAGUCGUUUUAAAAAGGGUUUACAUAUCAAAAUAUCUUAAAAGAAAUUUGACUUCAUAAUUCAACACAUUGAAAUUGGGCCUCUGUCUCUUUAAGAAGCUUCUGCUCUUUCCGACUCUGCCUUCAACAACAACAUUUCUCCAUCUACAAUCGUUUUCAGGAGUGUUGCAAUGAGAAAUAGUUUUAUAAUGAGCUUAGCAGACUCACAGUUCCAACAAGUGCUAAUUGGUGCUGCUGCUAGUCUGAAGGAGCAGUCUGGGGAGGCGCUAACCCUUUUGAUGGGGGAAUAACAUUAUAGAAUGAUAGAAAUGUGAAAAACUCAAUUUUACAUAAAAGUAACUGAUUAAUUGAUCAUCAGUAAGUGUGAUUGCUUUUAUAAAGACAGGACUUCAGCCAGGUUCUGGUCCAGUUUGUUAACAUGAUGUAAAAAACCCAGAGGGAUACAGGUGUAAAUAUUUUUCUUGUGUGUCACUCACAAACUAAAAAUGAACUCUGACUCACUCCGAAGCAGGUUUUCCCUCUUAUUGUCUCAGCGGUUGUAAAAAUGCAACAAAGACUCGAGACAAGGACACAUAGAGCCGCUGUUUUGUCUGCUACAAACUAAAAUAGCAACAUUUAUGUUUCCUCGUGAUUCAUGAGCAGUUUGCACGAAAACACAUCAUCAUGUCUGGAGUUAGCUGCUCUAUUUCUAUUUUUGUGUUUAUGGCAAGCUUAAAAAUAGGUCAAAUCUAUUUGCUGCCUGUUUUAUGGCUUAUUUUAUAGUUUUAGUAACUAUAAUAGGAACCGUUCUUUAGCUUUACAGCUUCCUUUUCCUUCCAGAAGUCAAUAGCACAAAGGUUUCUAGUGCUGGAAAUAGAUACAGGUCUUUUUUGUUUGUUUUUACAAUUAUUAGAGGUCCAUUUUGGUACACAUGAACAAGAAAAGGGAAAAAAUAGAAACAUUGUAAAAGGAAAAUUUACUCCUCAAAUUCAGGAUCAGGUUGAAUUCUCCUCAAAGCUUGUGUAAAUAUUGUACAGAUUAUUCAUGCUGGUGAUUAAAAUUAUACAUUUAUUCUUCUUAAACGGCAUUUUUCCUGCUUUAUUAUAGUGAAUUUACAUUAAAAUAUUUUCCUUUUACUAACAUAUCUAUGCAAAUAUACACCUUCUGCUUAACUUUGAGGCACCUAUAAUAAUCUGACCUAAAUUUAUCUUUGAAAUUUAUGAUUUAUUUUGAACUUUGAGUUUAAGCAACCCGAUUGCUCUGAAAUAUGUGAAUAAAUUGUGUUAUUAUAUUACAUAUGGUUUGUUGAAAUUAAAUAAGCUUGUUUUCCUGCCACCAAAUGAUAAAGCUACUAGUUAAUCUGUUUCUAAGUAAAGGAAAAUGAACCGCUGAUGUUAGAUAUGUAAAUAAAAACAGUUUUGACUUGA